AUGUAUAUAACACGUGCUUUCAGAAAGGUUGACUUUAUACUUCAAGUCGAGAUAGAAAAUGACGAACAGUCUUUAAGCGCCCAAAACAUUCACAUAUACAAAUACUUUAAAGACGAUACAACAUUGUUGCAAUGUAUGAUUUCAUUUAAUGAGAUGUUCGAGAAAAAGUUCAACAUUGAAGUACAAACUUUACAGCCUUUACGUGAGUUUCUUGCACAACUGAAGGAAGAAGGUAGUCAGCCACAACUUAUAGACUUUCAUUAUGAAUUUAAUGAAAAUGAAGAUGGAACACAUGACUGUCAAUUCAUUGUAUUCUCACCAUUCAAUGAAGUCGCUAAAAAGAAAGAAAAUCCAUUACGUAUAAGAUUUCAAAUCUCCGAACCAAGUGAUGAUUUUAAGAAUGUUUUCAAUUAUGAUGCAAUGCUUCCGAGGAAAAAUGA